CCUUCGUCACAUUGAUCCGAGACGUGUACUAUGAAAAUCACCAACAACAUAAAUGGACUUCGGCUUACCGUGUGACCUAUGGGCUGUUUCCUGCUUACCUGUGACAUGUUUUUAGUUUUUAGCUGAGUGGCUGAGUCUUGGUUCUGCCAGAUAUGUAUUCCUGUUAGCAGGCGCUAUACAAAUGAAAUUCAAUUGAAGUGAAGGAGACAAAAGUCCGGCUAUCGAUCGUCAGUUGGAGCAGCGUCAGGUUUAGCUGGAAACAUGUCACCAGCACCAGUGCUCCCGCUGGUCAUCAACUGUCUGAUGUCAAUGUUGGGCUGCAUGGCCACAAUGAAACUUAUCCCUGCUUUUAGACAGCAUUUCCUCUCUGCCAGACUGUUCGGAAUGGACCUGAAUAAGACAACAAAAACACAAGUUCCAGAGUCUCAAGGAGUGAUCAGUGGUACAGUCUUCCUCAUCAUCCUCUUCUGCUUCAUCCCAGUGCCUUUCCUGAGUUGCUUUAUGGGAGAUAAGUGCAUGGGCUUCCCACAUGAUGAGUUUGUACAGUUGAUUGGAGCACUUCUGGCCAUCUGCUGCAUGAUCUUCCUUGGCUUUGCUGAUGAUGUGCUGAACCUGCGCUGGAGACACAAGCUCCUGCUUCCCACAAUGGCUUCCCUGCCUUUACUUAUGGUCUAUUUUACCAACUUUGGUAACACAGUCAUUGUGGUGCCAAAGCCCUUCAGAGUCCUGCUUGGGCUGCACUUGGAUCUUGGUAUUCUCUAUUACGUCUAUAUGGGAAUGCUUGCAGUAUUCUGCACGAAUGCCAUCAAUAUCCUGGCAGGCAUCAAUGGCAUCGAGUCAGGUCAAGCUCUGUUUAUCUCUGCCUCCAUCAUCGUCUUCAACCUGUUGGAGCUUAAUGGAGAUUUCGGUGAUGACCAUGUCUUUUCCCUCUACUUCAUGAUGCCAUUCUUCUUUACCACAUUAGCACUUUUUUACCACAACUGGUACCCCUCAUCUGUUUUUGUGGGAGACACUUUCUGCUACUUUGCUGGGAUGACUUUUGCUGUAGUCGGCAUAUUGGGACACUUCAGCAAAACAAUGCUGCUGUUUUUCAUUCCUCAAGUGGUUAACUUUGUCUACUCCAUGCCUCAGCUUUUUCACAUCAUCCCCUGUCCCAGACACCGACUCCCCAGACUAAAUCCAGAAACAGGCAAACUGGGGAUGAGCUACUCUAAAUUCAAAAGGAAGGACCUUUCUAGGUUAGGAGACCUCAUUCUGAAGGUGGCAGAGUUAUUGAAGCUGCUGGAUGUGCGAAGAGGUCAGGAGGGAGAUGAUGAAUUUAUUGAGUGCAACAACAUGACCUUAAUAAAUCUAGUUUUGAAAUUACUUGGUCCCAUCCAUGAGCGAAAUCUCACAGUCAUCAUGCUCAUCAUACAGGUUAUCGGCAGUGCAGUGGCUUUUGGCAUCCGUUAUCACCUGGUGCGUCUCUUCUACGACGUGUAGACAGCUCUCUUGGAAAUGGGAGACAAUGAUACUCUUGUGGAACUAUUUUACAGGCUUGUAAAUCUGCCUUUUGCAAAGUUAAAAGCUGUAUUACAUUUACAGACUUACAGAACAUUUAUACACAUAAGCAAAUUUACCAAGGGUAAAUUUACCUACUUAAUUUUGGUUUAGCAUGACUAUGAAUUUUCAUAACAUGCGUGGAAAAUACUUUAUUGUUUGGUUUUACUUCAGAUUAUAUGCACACAGGAUGGUUUUUGAAGGAAAGAAGUAGUAAAAAGGCAAGGAAAGAGUCUGACAAGUCUCAAAGUUAAUUUAGGAGGGAGUUAAACAAACUUGAAUAUUUGAAAAGAUGAAAUGUCAUAUUUGGGAUAUUGUAAAAGUUACUGAAGGUGUGGAUGUUAAAGAAUGUCCCGACUAGAAUAACCAGAAUUGACUGACAUUUCUCCCAAAGGUUGAACAAACACCAAUGUGAAGUUAUCUGGCACUGGACUAUUUUUUAGGAACUGUUUGAGAUGGUUGAAAUUAAGAAAUAAAAGUAAAGAGAGUGGCCAUUAUUAUCAUUAUUAUUAUUAUUUUUAUUAUCAUUGUUAGCAUUUGCAGUGGUAUUUUUUUUUUUAAGUGAUGUCAAGUGACAAUGGACGAGACGGUAUAGUUUGAAAACUCCUUGGAAAAAAAACAAAAAGAGAAACAAUGUACUUUUUGUGCUGGUCCCUAGCCCAAAUAAAUGGGAGGGUUGCGCCAGGAGGGGCAUCCGAUGUAAACAUUUCUGCCAAAUAAAAUGUGCGGAUCCAGGCAGAACAAGG